CAAACGGGCACACUUCCAGAAUUAAACAAAAUAAUAAAAAUAAUUAAAUUUAACCAUUUUUCACCAUGUCAAAUGAUAAGCGGACGGUGUACGUGGGCGGCUUGGCAGACGAGGUCACAGAAAGACUGCUCAACAAUGCCUUCAUACCCUUUGGGGACAUAGCGGACAUCCAGAUGCCGGUGGACUACGAGUCCCAGCGUCAUAGAGGAUUUGCCUUCAUUGAGUACGAACAGGGUGAAGAUGCGGCUUCCGCGAUAGAUAACAUGAACGAUUCCGAGUUGUGUGGCCGCACGAUUCGCGUUAACUUGGCCAAACCCGUGCGCGUGAAGGAGGACAGUUUCAAGCCCGUUUGGGCGGACGAUGACUGGUUGCAGAAGCACGCCGGCGCUACACUUCAGGCCGAAGGUGACGCAGAGACGGAGAAGGUGGAAGAAACACCCUCCACCGGCCCGGCGGUCAUUGAAAAGGCGGAAAAGCGAAACCCACAGGUGUUCUUCGACGUGCGAAUUGGCGGCAACGACGCGGGUCGCAUAGUGAUGCUGCUUCGUGCAGAUGUGGUUCCGAAAACAGCCGAGAACUUCCGGCAACUGUGCACACAUGAGCAGGGCUACGGGUAUAAGGGCUGCUCCUUCCACCGCGUGAUUCCGGAAUUUAUGUGUCAAGGAGGCGAUUUUACGAAUAACAAUGGCACUGGCGGUAAAUCAAUCUAUGAAAAGUUCAACGACGAGAACUUCAACCUUAAGCACAACAGCUUCGGGACUUUGUCCAUGGCCAACUCGGGAGCCAACACAAACGGAUCGCAGUUCUUUAUAUGCACCACAAAAACUGACUGGCUGGACAACAAGCAUGUGGUCUUCGGUCAUGUCAUCAGUGGUGCCGAGGUUGUACGUAAGAUGGAGCGUUGUGGCACAAAAACAGGAACGCCCAACCAGAAGAUCGUUAUUUACGCGUGCGGAGAACUUAAAUAAAGCUAGGAUUGUACAAAAGA